CAACUGCAAAUCUGCAGCUACUUUUAGGCAACUUUGGUAGUUUUCGCGACGUUGUGGGGUCCUUAGUUUCUUCUUCAUAUCCAUGGAACUUGUAAGUCAUAUCUGUGAGUGAUAAGGUGUCCGCUACCUGCUGACCAAAACCUCACUGUCGAUUGCUACUGCAGAGUCCGUGGCACCUCUUAAAUUCACCAUGAAGUAAAUUGCACGAUCAAGUCUCACAAACUUCCAUGCUGUUCCGCAUUGUGUGUUGGUGCGUUCCUAUAAGGUUAGUGAUGUGUUGUUCAGGAAAAUAAUGGCGUCUGUUGGCACAUUUAAACACAAAGAAAAAAAAUACCGGCAUUCAACGACUUUUUACAGAAAAUUAAAAGUCUUAAAGGCAAAUGCCGUUGACAGUGGCGUUGUGAAACAAUAUUUUGGCGGUGGAAAUAAACCAUCAAAAAUACAAAACAAUGUAAGCAUCAGGUUGCUUCUAUCAACAGAGCAAUUGAAUGAGUCCAGUAGCUCCGAAAACUAUUCAAAAAUAAAAGAUAAAGUAAAUAGUGAUGAUGACUGUGGUAAUGAUUUUGAGGAGUCAUGCGUGCCGGAAGAUGAAUAUGACACUACUCUUUAAUAACUCAUAGCUCGCUUAACCAUCUAUUGCGUGUGUUAAAAUCAAAUGGUAUGAAAUGCUGACCAACUGAUAGCAGAACAUUAAUGAAAACGCCAAGAUUGGUACAUAUUGAAAAAAUGCGAAAUGGUCAACUUUGGUAUAAUGGAAUAAAAAAAUUGUUUGAAUGCAGUAUUUUUUGAUAUUGAUAGAUCCGUAACGCUUCCAGUAGUUUUUAACGUUGACGGCCUUCCACCGUUUAACGCUUCACCAUUACAAUUUUGGCCAAUUUUAUUUAGAAUCGAUAAUAUGACAUACAUUAAGCCAAUGGCUAUAGCAAUUUAUAUUGGCGACACAAAGCCACCUUUAAAAGAAUACUUCAGACAAUUUGUUGAUGAGUUGAAUGAUAUUUUGCAUCGUGGUCUUUGUAUUAAUGGGCAUCAGAUAAAACUCAUUAUUAGAUAUUUCGUAUGCGACACCCCAGCCAGAAAUUUUAUUAAAGGUACAGUUGGAUUUAAUGCAGCUCAUGGCUGUAUAAAAUGUACAGUCGUUGGUGAAUUUGACAAAAAAGGAAGGCACAUGAGCUUUCCAAGAAUAGAUUGCCCUCUAAGAACAGAUGAAAGUUUUCGUAAUAAAACCGAUCAAGACCACCACAAAGACGAUUCACCCUUAUUGGAACUGCCCAUUAAUAUCGUGGAAGAUGUUAUUAUUGCGGACUCCUUACAUCUUUUUUUUUUUUACUAUGUUAAUUGGACCUGCAAAUCGUUGAAAAUACGAACGUUUCCUCUGACUCUGUGUCAAUGCACUGUGUUAGCUGUUUCUCAAUUGCCAAAGCGUCUCCAAAUGUAAGAAUUCCCGAGAAUUUAAGGACACAGGAGUACUCCACCCAUCCCUCUUCAGGUACGCUAGCAGCAUUCGAUCUCAAGUUUUCCCUUGGGGAAUGGCUCAAAUGUUCUGGCCACAACAGAACUCCAUUAUUUUCCCAUUGAUGGGG